UAAAUAGAGAGAUACAGAAGAAAAAGUGAACGCAACAGUUUGAAGUUUUAGACUGCAGUCGAAGCUGGACUGAGGAUGAGGACACCAGUGAAAGUCAUCCUCUGCUUCAUGACAGGUAGUUUGAGUUUACUGUGUGUGUCAGGGAACAAACAAGGAUCUGUCAACACAUCACAUCGUGGAGGCACUGUUACCAUCCACUGCAAGUACCCAGAAGAUGAAAAAGGCAACAUAAAACGCUUCUGCAAGAUGGACGGGAAGUCUAACUGCUCAGAUCUGAUAUCAACUCACACAGCUGCACUCACAAAGAAAGACAGAUAUUCUCUGACAGUCGACGAACAGCCCGGAGUCUACACUGUGAUCAUUCCCAAAGUGACCCUGGAAGAUGCUGGAAGAUACCGCUGUGUGGUGGAGAGAUCAGAGAACAGUGCAGCUGACUGUUUCAUAGAGGUCCAUCUGCAGGUUUUAGACUGGAGUGACAUCAAACCAAAUGAACUAACAGGGAAACUUGGAGGAAAAAUCAAUAUCUGCUGCUACUAUCCAGACAACCAUGAAAAAAACACAAAAUACCUGUGCAAGGGGUCGAGUCCUUUCAACUGUGAGACGCUGAUACAAACAACAGAACAGGAGAGAGAUGUGGAAAGAGGCAGGUUUAAAAUAAGAGACAACAAAAGAACGAAAUACUUCUUCGUUGUCAUCAGUGACCUCGCCACAACCGACUCUGGGACGUACUGGUGCGGUUCUGACGGAACAUGGCAGCAGGCUGAAUUCAACAAAACCCUCCUGAGUGUGGGCGAGUACGGUGGAAGCAGUAGAAUGACAGUGAACCUGAAAAAAGAAACAAGUCAGAAACACAGAGGUGAAAAAGAAACCAAAAGAGACCUAUCAGGAAGGCAAAACCGCAACGAAGAUGAUAGAUCCUCAGAAGAUCAACCCUCAGGUGAUCAAUCCUCAGGUGAUCAAUCCUCAGGAGAUCAAUCCUCAGGAGAUCAAUCCUCAGAAGAUCGCCACAACAAAAAGUCUCCAGACAAAGGUUUGAUUGGCGGUGUUGCUGGGUGUCUGGUGUUGUUACUGAUACUUGUGGUUGUACUUGUACUGGCCAGAAAGAAACUCCUCUUCUCACAAGUUUGUUGUGCUGUCUGCGGAGCAUCAGACCAGAGGAGACAUACUGGACAAAACAUAGAGGCAAAUCAUGAGGAUCCUCACUAUGAGGAGAUACAGAACCAGCAGGCCAGCGCAGGAGACACAGUGCCGUCUGUUUAUGCCACUAUCAACCUCCCCACAGACCAGCUCCACUACGCCAGCGUCAGUGUCAGCAAGGACUUUCGGAGUGUCUCCACAGAAAUGGAUGCACUUCCUGACGCAAAUAAAAAAGUCCUCUCGGCCUGUGAAUACUCGACUGUUAUGACUCCCACUCAGCCUCCAGCCGCAGAGCAGACUGUCUACUCCUCAGUCUCAUUACCUGUGGAACCAUGAGAUAGAAGGCAUUAAACCUGUUGAUGUCAACUGUGCUGUCACACAAUCUCUAUCAUAUCAAUCGCUAUACAAACGAUAGUGUCCAUCAAUACGUAGAGAGUUUAUAGAGUUUGUAGCAAUAGUGGCAUGUUGCUAAUAUGAACUUUGUGCACAAAUGAAUGAGAAUAAGCUCUUGAUAUGACCAUUAAGAACUUUUAGUAUCGUGUUAGGUCAAUGAAUCUUAAGACUCACUUGCUUUAUACACCAGAUUGGUCACCGGUACUUGACUCUAUACAGCAUGGCUAUCAUUAAAAACCAGUCACCCAUACUCAAACUCUCAAACCUGAGUGAUGCACAAGACUAGGUAAGAAAGAGCAUUUUGAAAUAAUCUGAUCAAUAGAACAGUAUAUGCUUUCUGUAACUGAUCAAUAUCCAUUAAAAAUCUGUGAGUCAUAGAUACCCAGCUACUUUUACCUUGUUAAGCAGUGCAGACUUCUUGUGAGGGCUUCACUUUCUCAUAAUCCCAAGAGGUUAUACCACUAGGGCCUGGUAUUGGCAAUAAAUUCACAAUUCAGUUUGAUUAAUUAGAGUAGGAUUUGAUUUGAUUUGAGCAACAGCUGUUAGGUUAUCACAGUACGGCUGCACCCACAGCACCCCCACUGGAUUGGGGCUGCAUUGAUAUGCUGCAUCUGAAUUGAUGUUAAAUUGGGGAUAAAAUAUUUUGUAGUGCAUUGAUGAAUCUGUUUCUUUUCAUACCACACAAUGUCACUAAAUGAUACAAAUAUUUUCAAACUAAGCAACACUUUGAUACCGCUUACUCUCUAUAGCAGGGGUGUCCAAACUUUUUUCAAAGAGGGCCGCAUAUGAUGUUUUCAGAAUACCUCAGGGCCCGUGGCUCCUACUGAGACUUAGG